AGCAUUAUUGCACAUAAAAGUUAAAUUCAUAAAAACUUAAUUUUACCGAUUGAAAAUAAUACAAUAAACACUAAAUUAUGAGUGAAAAAUCAACGAAUCCAUACGAUAUGGACAGUGCUAGUUUCGAUCCCGAUCGAUAUCUGCAAAAGCUGCUGAAAGAGUGCUCGUUAAAACAGAUAAUGGACACCGAGGCAGCGAUUGUUCGUCAAACGCAAACUUUGCACAGCGAUAUGCAAACCUUGGUAUAUGAAAAUUACAACAAAUUCAUUUCGGCUACCGACACAAUUCGCAAAAUGAAAACCGAUUUCAAGAGCAUGGAAACGGAAAUGAACCUGCUGGUAGCGAACAUGGCCUCCAUCAGUAAGUGCAGUGAAAAAAUUACCGACACCCUGCAGGAAACCCGAACGCAGCUGACAAGACUUUCCGGCAAGCAUCAGCUGCUGAAGAAAUUACAGUUUCUUUCGUCACUUCCGGCGAAGCUUAAAACACUGAUCGACGAAGGUAACUAUCAGCAGGCAGUGCAAGAGUACAACCAUGCCCAGAAAGUGCUUCAACAGUACGGAAAUCAACCAUCUUUUCAAGGGAUACAGGAAGAUUGUAUCAAUAUUUUAGAUGAUUUAAAAAAGUUGCUGAAGCAAGAUUUUCACAAAACGGGUAAGACCGCUCAGGCGCUAACGCAGAUUGGUGAAUUGUUGCUGCAGUUGGGUGAGCGACCGUCAGAUUUGGCUAAAGAAAUGCUCGAAUGUGCUACUAAGCGCUUGCAUGAGCAAAUUGUUAUGCUUCAGGAUCAAACCGAUAGAGAUAUGAUUGAAUUUAUCGAUUUGGGAAUUGAAGGAUUUCUGAAUGAUUUGACACUGGUAAUAAGCUCAUACAAUGACAUGUUUCUAUCCAAGCAUAUCGAGCAGGAAGCAGACGAUUUCGAAGAAAUCGCUCGAAGGGAUUUGAAUAAAUUUGUAAAUCGAAAUAUUGACGAAUUUCUCGCGCUGGUACAAGAUCGGGCAGAGGUUGAAAUUGGACAUGGUGAUUCGCAAAUUAUUCUACGCGGUCUGGAUCGUCUGCACCGUCGGCUGACUGCCAUGCGUUCGCUUUGUCGAGCAGUAGAUAUGGCCAAGUCAGGAAUCGAUAUUAUCAUUAAUGCCGUCUAUCAACUGUGCCGGGCGCACAGUAAAUCCUUAAGGGAUCAUUUCGCCGAUAACCUCAGCUCUAUUCGACUGGCUUUGGUGUCGGUAAAAUCGGACGGUUCCUCAUCGAGCUCGUCCCAAUCCGGACUGAAGGAACUAAUUUCCAAUCUGUUCGUAUCUACUAUGGAAAAAGUUAAAGGACUGCUGCAGGAUUUGCUGAUAUUUCAGCAACCGGAAUGGUCUUUUAAUCUGAAAGCGGACGAGAAGGGUGCAGAUUGCAUAGAAGGGAUUCGCGAGAACUUGCUGGUCGGCUUCCUAAGGCACAUUUGCACUACAAUGAAUGCAUUUGGUAAUAUCAAUUCGUCCAGCCCACCGACUUUGCUGCUGAUUUUAUCGAAAAUGUGUCUGGAGAUGGACAAAACUGGCGUACAUGUUUUGAUAUCCUUAGUGGAUGAGCUGUACGAUAUUGAUUCGGAAAGUCCUUCGUUGGUGCACGAAUCGGACCUUUGCGCGGAUAUGCGAGACUCUGCCCAACAGCUGCUCGAUUCUUACGUUCGCCUGCAAGGUUUGAAUCUCAGUCAGAUGCUUCGCAAAAGUGUCGAAACGCGUGAUUGGCUCAACUGUCUGGAACCACGCUCGGUUCGGGCAGUCAUGAAGCGUGUGGUGGAGGAACUGUCGGUGAUCGAGAAUGUCCUGGGGGAGCUGUACGGUAGUAACGAUUUGCGUACGGCGGCUAGCAGUGAUUCGAGCCGGAAGACGCACUUUAGUUUGACCGCCUCCAAGCAGUCGCAGUUUCGAUCCACCUGGUCAACGUACACGCCUUCGCAAAUGGAUAGCAGCUUUGUUUCGAACAUUCAUCGGUUGUUUUCGGAGAAGAUUGAAAUCUUCAGUUCAGUGGAAUUCUCCAAGGUAUCCAUUAUGACGGGCAUCAUUAAAAUCUGUUUAAAGACACUGCUGGAGUGUGUCCGGCUGCGAACGUUCAGCAAGUAUGGUUUGCAGCAAAUACAGGUGGAUGCUCACUAUCUGCAGAUGAAUCUUUGGCGGUUUGUGUCGGAUGAAAACUUGAUUCACAUUCAGCUUGAUGAAAUACUUGGCUCGGCUGUACUUCGUUGCUUUGAGCCAAUAUUGAUGGAACCGAAUGCAGUGGAAAUCAUCUGCGAGCGGAAUUAAUUGUCCAUUCCAUGUUUUAGGACGAGCAAAGGUGUACUUAUGAAUAAAUUUGUCAACAUAUUUUAUGAAUAUUUAUAAUAUAUUUCUGGUCUAAGAAAUAUGCCUCUAAAGGAAUAAACGUAUAUGAA